AUGGGCUCCUGGAUGCGGGAUGGCGCCCGUAUACGUGCCAUGGAGCCCUGGAUAUGGGUGUCUGAGGAUGCAGAGUGCCCUGCUGCGGAUGCAGAGGCCUCUGGAGCAGAGAAUGUGUCUGCUGUGCCGUUUGGUGAGCAGAUUGUGCGUCUGGGCGGGGCGUGCAUGGGCAGCGGUGGGCUGUGUGCCGGUAGGGCAGUGGGAGGCGGUGCAGCGUGUGGAUUAGAGCAUUCUGCAGCGCUGUACAGACAAUAUACGCCUGCUUUAAGGCGAUUUAAGUAG